CCCUUCUCUGUCUAUCUCCCGGCCCGACCGGCGGGUGAUGAGAUACUUGGGCGGUGGCGGUAGGAAGGGCGACGGCGACAGCGACUGCAGUUACUUUCACAACCGUGACCAUGGCCGAGAAUCACGCCCAGAAUAAAGCCAAGAUCAUCUCUGAGAUCCGGCGGAGGUUCGAAGCAGAGUAUAUGGCAGAGAAGCCAGAUAAAUAUGACCCACGUGAUAUCGAAAGGCUACAACAAGAUGAUAACUGGAUUGAAAGUUACUUAUCUUGGAGACAUAAUGUUAUAGAUGAAACGCUGAAGAUGCUUGAUGAGAGUUUCCAGUGGAGAAAAGAAAUUUCUGUCAAUGAUCUUACUGAAUCCUCCAUUCCUAGAUGGCUAUUGGAAAUUGGUGGUAUUUAUCUCCAUGGGUAUGACAAAGAUGGUAACAAAUUGUUCUGGAUCAGGGCGAAGUAUCAUAUAAAAGACCAGAAAACCAUGUUGGACAAAAAGAAGCUCAUAGCAUUCUGGUUGGAACGUUAUGCUAAAAGAGAACAUGGGAAACCUAUAACAGUGAUGUUUGACCUGUCGGAAACUGGAAUAAAUAGCAUAGACAUGGACUUUGUACGUUUUAUCAUCAACUGCUUUAAGGUUUAUUAUUCUAAAUACCUCUCAAAAAUGGUGAUCUUUGAUAUGCCUUGGAUAAUGAACGCUGCCUUCAAACUUGUGAAAACUUGGCUUGGUCCAGAAGCAGUGAGUUUGUUGAAGUUUACAACUAAAAAUGAAGUCCAGGAAUAUGUCAGUGUAGAAUACCUGCCUCCACAUAUGGGUGGGACUGAUCCUUUCAAGUAUAGCUACCCACCACUCGUAGACGAUGACUUCCAGACCCCACUGUGUGAGAAUGGGCCCAUUACCAGUGAGGACGAAGCUUCUAGUAAAGAAGAUAUAGAAAGUGAUGCUAAAGAAACCUUGGAAACAAUUUCUAAUGAAGAACAAACAGGUCUUCUGAAAAAGAGUAAUCCAACCGAAUCUACUUCUAAAGCAGAAGAAAAUGAAAAAGUCGAUUCAAAGAUGAAAGCUUUUAAGAAACCAUUGAGUGUAUUUAAAGGUCCCUUAUUACACAUCAGCCCAGCAGAAGAGCUGUAUUUUGGAAGUACGGAAUCUGGAGAGAAAAAAACUUUAAUAGUGCUGACAAAUGUAACUAAAAAUAUAGUGGCAUUUAAGGUGAGAACAACUGCUCCGGAAAAAUACAGAGUCAAGCCAAGCAACAGUAGCUGUGACCCUGGUGCAUCAGUGGAUAUAGUUGUUUCUCCCCAUGGGGGCCUAACAGUCUCGGCUCAGGACCGUUUUCUGAUAAUGGCUGCGGAAAUGGAACAGUCAUCUGGCACAGGUCCUGCAGAAUUGACUCAGUUCUGGAAAGAAGUUCCCAGAAACAAAGUGAUGGAGCACAGAUUAAGAUGCCACACUGUCGAGAGCAUCAAGCCAAACACUCUGAUGUUGAGAGAAAAUGCUUUGAACAUGUCAGAUAAGACCAAUGAAGACUUAUAUCUACAACUCAAUCGUUUACUAGAAAGCAAUAGGAAGCUUGAAGACCAAGUUCAGCGUUGUAUCUGGUUCCAGCAACUGCUGCUUUCCUUAACUAUGCUCUUGCUUGCUCUUGUCGUCUCUUUCUUCUAUUCAAUGUACAGUUAAAGAAGUGGUGCCUGGAGGGAAACAUGGCACCCUCACCCAUUAGUUGGAAAAAGUAACAGACCCAAAACUUCUCCACCAAGCUACUAAACGCUUCACAUACCUGUGCUUCUUAAGAGGCACCGUGUAGCACAUAGAGUGGAACACAUACAUGUCUUGCAAAUAAACUGUUAGAAUAAAGAAAUGAAGGAGAAAUUGAUUAUAUGAGACGGUGGCUACUUAGUAAAGGCAUAUUCAGUGUGUAAAUUAACAGUUUAAAUAUAAUUUAUUUUUUCUUUUUGAUUUGAAUAUUUUCAAAGCUUCAGUUUCAUCAUGUAUAUAUAUUAGCUGGACUGAAAAGUAUAAGUAAAAUGCUUUGUUGCAGCCAAAAAUUGUAAUCUGCUUUUUUAAUGACAGAAUUAUGAUAGCUGAGCUGAUUUACAAGCUUUUCUAUUCUAUGUACAUAGAAGAACAUGUAUAUUUAAAAAGAAAACCCACAGAAUAAUUUAUGUAAUCAUGACUUUGUAAUCUUGAGAAUUACUUCCAGAUGAUGAUCAAUGUUCUUUUGGAAUGUAAACCUACUUAAUGCCAAACCACCUUAGUCUUUGUUUCUCAGUUCCUAACAGCCUGCCUUUUAUUAAUCUCAGGCAUUUUUAUGAACACUAUCAUUUCGGUAGAAUUUGGAAAACAAAGUACGGUUGGAUUUUUUUCGAGUUCUGUUACUACUGCCCUGAGGGAAAGUGUCUUCCCACACAGUCUUCCCUUCCCGCCAGUUUUAUGCAGCUUCACAUUGUCCUCUAUGGCUAGGCACUGAACUUUUUGCCUAAUUUAUUAUAAAGGCCUGAGUCUCCAUUGUUCCAUCUUUGCUCAUUCCAAAGCAAGGGAGUCUCCCUAUGGACCAUGAAUUGCACCAUCUUCACCCUCAUUUCUAAACAAAAAGUGUUAGAUUAAAAAAAAAAGUUAAUUUUUGUGAUGCUAAGUAGUAAAAUAAUUUAUGUUUCAACAUGUUUCUGGUUAAACAUCAGCCACAAGAAGGAAACUUACCAAAGACUAGAGUCUCUAGGGCUGGCUCCAUAGCCUAGUGGAUCCUACGUGGCUGACCAUGGUUUCAAUCCCGGCUCUAGCACUUAAGAAAUGUCAGGAGCUAUGCAUGGGUGCCCACAGUCCUAGUAGAAGGGAGAAAUGGAGGAAAGGGGAUUUUUGCCAUGGCCACACCCCAUUGGGGGUGCUUUCUCUCCUCCUCCUCUCUCUCUGUCUCUCUGUUUAGCACAUGCACCCUCUGACAAGAGAAAAAAGACUGAAGUGUCUAUAAAGGUGAAAAAAAAUAUAUAUAUAUGCUUGAGACUUGGCUCUUCAUUUAAAGAAUUAAGACUAAACUUGUGAUGGUCUAUAAAGCCUUCAGAUCAGAGUUAACUGGCUGGCCUGAUGUUUGGCUUUGGUACACUAAUACCCACCUGGUAUGGUUCCUAGAGCCCUAAAAGGGUGCAUAUUGCAAGAGCAGAGGCUAAUGAAAUUCAUUUGUUUUCUCAUUAAUACGACCACUUUCAGUUUAUGUUGGUACACAUGUAAAUCUAUUUUAUAUGAAAGAAAAAAAUUGCUUGUAAAAUAAAUUGUGAGCUUCGAUUGAGACAUGUUUAUAGAGAUGUACUAUUAUUCUGAGAUGUAGUAUUGUUGACUUUCAUCUUGAAGAAGCUGAUUCUGAAAUUGCAUUCUGAAGAAUGAUCUAAUAGAGUUCCUUCGAAACUGGCCUAGAAAAUAAAACCUUAAAAGGACACUGGUAUGAUACUUAAUUUGGACUUUUCUGUUUCAGUUUGCCAACUGCAGAUGGGAAGCAGACUGCAGUCCACCCUAAGUCUCAUGCACAAUAUCUCCCUGUGUGUGCACAGUGGCUUCCUUUCCAUGGUAGAUUUUGGGCCUUAAUAUCAUCUAAUCCCAAAGUAUUUGCGUAUGUCUUUUGUUCCUCGACAAAUGAGUGAGGAAAUAAUUAGCCAAGAUCGAAAUCUUUUGUCCUAACAGUGUCCCUUUAAUGUUUCAUAUGAAAAUCAUGUUGACUCACUAAAAUGUCCUUGUUCAAUGUCUGGUCAGUUGAAUUUAAUAACCUAUCUUAUUAACAUUUGUGUGUGUAUUAAAUGUGACCAAGCAGAAUCACUGAAAAUUAACUCUAAAAUCAAAGGCAUCUAAACUUUUGUACUUGUCUCUUUUAAUUAUAUAUACUUACAUUUUAUUUUAUUGUCUUUAUUUGGCUCUAUUUAAUCACAUUUGCAUGAUUAUUAUUUUUAGUACUCUAAUCAAUAAUUUCAUUUUUAAUCAUGUCAUUACCUGGUCAUGACCAAAUUACCAAGGACCAAUGCUUAGAUUUAGAUUUUUGUUUAUACUUGGGAAUGGAAACUAAUGGAUUUUCCAUGAAAACAUUGAUGAACUAUUAUUAACUUGAUCUGCAAGUAGCCUAAAAUUAUGAUUGCUGGUAAACCUGGCCUCAAAUUUCAUAAUACCGUAACUUUUUAUACCUUGCCACUGAUUUUGACUGGAUUUAAUAGCACUUUAUUGUACAAUUACAAAAAAAUAUAUUCCUAGAAUUGUUGCCAGUGUAAUUUCUCUAAUGUUCUGGUGCUUUUCAUAUAUUUUCAGUAUUUUUAUUACUAUAUUGGUAUUUUCUUUGUAUGAAUUGAUCAAAAGAACAUGUUUUCUAUUUUAAUAUGUUUUAGAGAAAUAAUUACAUUUAUGAAAUAAAUAUCAUCAGGAAAAAAAAACA